AUGCUUCACCAUUGUUUAGAUGUCCUGUAUUUGUAUAUUGCAACUGAAAAAUCAUCAGUGAAAGUAUUUGUAGCAAUAUUGAUGAAAUAUGGUCCAAUUAAGAAGGAAAUAGAAGCUAGGGAUCAUGACAGCUUUAAACGUGGAGUGCGAGAAGGCCUUGACAAAAUGGUAAAUCAUUUUGCAAAUGUUGCACCUGUGUUUCUAGCAGGCACUAAGGUGACUGCUGAUUCGUAUGACAAAUUAGUCAACCUAAGAAUUACUAAAAGAAAUAAUGAUCUUCAAAUAGAGUGUGAAAAGAUUGUGAUGUUCUUUUGUGCUGAUAACAAAGCUAAACAAGCAACAAUUGGCAACUCUAUUGGAGGGCAUAAACGUUGCAAUCAAUGUGAUGAAAAUUUUGACAGUGUUGAAUUAGCAUGUUACAAUCCUGAUAGACUUACUCAAAUAACAUUUCAAGAAGUAUUGGAUCGAGCACAGUUGGGAAGAAAAGAACAAAAUCAGCAAAAAUUGGGGUUGAAGAGAGUUUCAGGUUGUGUUUUAGCAUACUUCUCUGAAAGGCAAAAAGUGGAUGUUGGGUUGUUUCACAAAUAUUUCAAUCAACAUACCAGGUCCCAUUGCAUUGCUCAGUCAUCUGUCACCAAAUAUCAAAGAGCCUUGUGUUUGUAUGAAGAACUCUCCCAAGUUACAAUUAAUACUCAAAUAGAUAACCACAACAUAUUGCAUGUUGCUACUCCAAUAGCUGAAUGUUGGUUCAACAUUGAUGGGUCAAACAAUCUUGUCACUAAUUUCAAGAAAUGCUCUUGCACAAAUAAUCAACAACAAAAAUGUGAUACAAUUUGUGAGCAUGCUUGUUUUGUACACAUAUUGUUGCAUUAUAAUAGAAAAAAUAUCACUUUGGAAGAUCUAGCUUUGAAGGAUGUAGAAAUAUGCUCUGAUGCAAGUCAUGUCAUUCCAGGAAUUUUUGAUAGGCUCAAACAAAAACUUUCAGAUGAAAAAGGGUUCAAGCUUGACAUUUUCGUUAAUAAUGCUAAAAAAAUUCUGGGUCAUAAUGUUUCUUUGGGUAUGAUAUCACAUAGUGAUUAG